AAUUUCUGGUUGCUAUUUCGGAAAUUGAAAGGGGUAAAAUUGAGGAAAAGAUUGAACUAGCCAAAUUUUAUACCCUUAUGUCUGAUGGAUCCACUGAUGUUUCCGUUAUUGAAAAUGAAAUUGUCUACAUUCAUUUUGCGCAUAGAGGUAUUGCCUACUGCUAUUUCCUUGGGCUCAUUCAGUGUGAGUCUGCUGAUUCCAAAGGAAUAUAUGCAGCAAUUCUACAAGCUUUGAAUUUCAAGAACUUGACGGUCAAUGAUAUUCUUAAGAGAACCGUAGGAUUUGCUGGGGAUGGCGCAUCAGUGAACACGGGACAGCUGAAUGGUGUUAUUGCACAUUUUCGAGAAAAUGCUUCCUCUUCUGUAGUCAUGGUCCAGUGCAUGUCACAUAGAAUUGAACUUGCAUACAAAACUGCUUUCAAGGUAGCUCCAGUUUUUACUAAAGUCUUUAGUCUCCUAGAUGAUCUGUUUAAAUUUUACCACAAAAGUCCUAAACAGACAAGCAACUUGAAGCAGACCUUUACCGCACUCAAGAUCAAACAGACAAUGCCAACAAGGAUUGGUGGUACCCGAUGGUUAGGACAUGUUCAGACUGCCCUAAACAGUCUCUGGAAGGGAUAUCCUGCAUUUGUCACUCAUCUUGGACAGGUUUCAUUACACAACACUCAGAGUGCUACACAAUCCAAGGCAAAGUAUCUUCUUAAACUUCUCAGAAGCAAGAGUGUUAUUGUAUUUGCCCAUUUCAUUAAUGAUGUUGUCAAUGUACUGACCAAGCUUUCCAUGUGCCUGCAGCAGAGAGCUACUUGCCUUUAUGAAGUUCACCAGGAUCUAGAGUGUACCAUAGCCAAUAUACAAAAACUAGAAGCAAGAGUUUGGUGAUGAAAUGGUGAGCAAUCUGGUUGACCACUAUAGACAGUUAUUGGAUCAGACUGAUGGUGUAGAUGUAAGCAACAUAGAACCAGAGUGGACAAUAUUAAAGAACCUAUU